AUGGUUUGCGAUAAAAGGACCGUUUUCGACGGUGCGUGCUACUUCGAAGGUGUGCCAGCAUCCCGGGGGCUCGGUGUCGUUGGUCAUGGCGAUGGCAGUGUGGUGGUAGUUUCCGUCGUUGAGCGGGUGGAUGGAGAUGGAGAGGUGGAGGAGGGGUUGGAUUGCGCUUUCUGGGGAGGGGUUUUGGAAGGGGUUGAGGUGGUAGUUGUGAUCUGA